GAGAAAUAGAAAUUGGAGAGAAGAUGCAGAUGGCGCGGAAGAGACUGCAGCUGCUGUUGCUGCUCAAGCCCUUUGAUAUUUACCCUUCUCCCAUUUCCUCUUCCUCCUCCUCCUCCUCCUCCGCUGCCAAUCAGGUGCUGACAUACUUGCAGAACAGGACAUCAGCCCACAAGCACGCCAUCAACAUCUGCCAGACUGUCUUAAACGCCAGGACUGCCGCCGGGCUCGUCCACUGGAAAGCUGAUUUCCGCGGCCAUGUCUCCGGCCCUAUCCGUGGUGUCGACCUCGUGGUCACCAUUGGAGGCGAUGGCACGCUCUUGCAAGCCAGCCAUUUGAUGGACGACGACUCAAUCCCCGUUCUAGGAGUCAAUUCAGAUCCCACUAGACCACACGAGGUGGAGGAGCUGAACGACGAGUUCGACGCUACGAGGAGCACAGGCUAUCUUUGUGCUGCCACUCCCGAUACUUUCGAACAGAUACUAGACGGGAUCCUCGAGAAUCGUUGCAGACCAUCGGAGCUAGCAAGGAUGGCUGUCAGCAUCAACUCAAACAUGGUUCAAACUUCUGCUCUAAAUGACAUCCUUUUAGCGCAUCCAUGCCCGGCAGCAGUUUCUCGGUUCUCAUUCAGGGUAAAGAGAAAUGGGGAGCCUCUCACCUCUUUAGUCCACUGUCGAUCCAGCGGCCUCAGAGUCUCGACUGCUGCAGGAUCAACGGCUGCGAUGCACUCAGCCGGGGGAUCUGCAAUGCCUAUUUUAUCAAAAGAGCUUCAGUACAUGGUGAGGGAGCCUAUUUCUCAAAUGCCUAAUGCACACUUAAUGCAUGGAUGGGUGAAGUCGAGCGAGACCAUGAAUAUAUCGUGGUUUUGUAGGGAGGGCAUUCUGUAUAUCGAUGGUUCUCAUGUGGUUCACUCUGUGCAGCUCGGGGAUACAAUAGAACUAUCUUCUAGGGCCCCGGCAUUGAAAGUUUAUUUGCCUCCCCACUUAGCGCAUUCUGCGUAAGAUUUUGUCUAAUGCCCAAACAUCGGCAUAACCUAAAGUUCUCUCAUUUUGGUUUAAGCUAAGACAACAUAGAAACUCUCUGAGGGAUGUCUGUGAAAGAGAUUGUUCGGAUGUCUUAAUAACCUUAUAACGUAAAUAUGCAAUAUUUCUCUGUGUGUUUUUU